UCCAACAUAUAUGUAAGAAUGUCUUUUUUCAUGAAAUCUUCAUCAAGAUCGGUACAUGAAGAACGACGUUGGUCGGCCGAGUUACCGACGACCCAAAGUGAUCUAUGCAUGUCGCUAACGGUGUGGAGAAAAUCGCUUGUAAUGAGCUGUAACGGAUUCACCGUGAUUAAUUCCGAUGGUAAUGUAGUUUAUCGAGUCGAAACUUACAUAGGACAACGCCCUAAAGAACUUGUUCUUAUGGAUGGGGUUGGAAAAUCCAUACUGACAAUGCGACGUAACAAGAACCUUAGAUUCUUGGAUACUUGGUUUAUCUAUGGUGGGGAAAUAGGUGCUCAUUGUAUAUCAACAAAACGAUCAGAGGAGCAACCGAUUUUCUACGUAAAGAAAUGUAUUAACAUCUUACAUAACAACCCUAAUGUACUAGCAUACGUAUAUCGGGGCCGGUCAACGGACGAAAAGUACGUUUAUAUGAUCGAAGGAUCCUAUUCGCAUAGAUCGUGUAAAGUGGUGAAUGAGGCAAAGAAAGUGGUGGCUGAGAUUAAGAGAAAAGAUGCAAUAAUUGGAGGUGUUUCUUUUGGUGUAGAGGUUUUUAUGUUGAUUGUAGAGGCUGGAUUUGAUCCUGGUUUGGCAAUGGCUUUGGUUCUUUUGUUGGAUCAAAUGUUUUCUUAGGUUUUCCAGUUUUUGUUUUUGUUUACGUCACAAGUAAUUCAUAUUUUCGACCCAAAGUUGCAUAUCCAAUUAUUAGCUAUUACUCUAA